AUCCUUUAAAAAGCAGAUUCCUCCUUUCCGUUUCACAAUGUGUCCUACGCCACACCCUUCCUUUUCCCUUUAUUCCAUUAUUCCUAUUUCUCCAAUAAUAUCUCAAUCAAUCACGAACACUAUACUAACAGCCAAACACAGUCCUAGCUCAUAAUUCUUCACAUAGAGGGAAAACAAAGUUUUUUUUGUUUUGUUUUGCCAUGGCUGAAGAGAAGAACAUGGUGGAAUUUGAAUCCUGUAUGAAGAGACAAAAAGAUAAUGAUAAUGAAGAAAAUGGUAAAGACCCAUAUGGUAAUGGUAUUUCAUCUGUCAUUCCUGGGUGGUUCUCUGAAAUUAGCCCAAUGUGGCCUGGAGAAGCUCACUCCUUGAAGAUAGAAAAGAUUUUGUUUCAAGGAAAAUCUGAAUACCAGAAAGUCAUGGUCUUCCAGUCAUCAACAUAUGGCAAGGUUCUUGUUUUGGAUGGAGUUAUUCAACUCACAGAAAGGGAUGAAUGUGCCUACCAAGAAAUGAUCACUCAUCUUCCUCUUUGCUCUAUUGCAAACCCGAAAAAGGUUUUGGUUAUUGGUGGAGGUGAUGGAGGAGUCCUGCGGGAAGUAUCGCGUCAUUCUUCAAUCGAAAAGAUAGACAUUUGUGAAAUUGACAAUAUGGUUGUUGAAGUCUCCAAACAAUAUUUCCCUGAAGUUGCAGUAGGGUUUAAUGAUCCACGUGUGACACUUCGCAUCGGUGAUGGAGUUGCAUUUUUGAAGGCAGCCGCAGAAGGAACUUAUGAUGCAGUUAUAGUGGAUUCAUCUGACCCUAUUGGUCCUGCUCAGGAGCUUUUCGAAAAGCCCUUUUUUCAGUCAGUAGCGAGGGCGCUUCGUCCGGGAGGAGUUAUGUGCACUCAGGCAGAAAGUAUAUGGCUUCAUAUGGAUAUCAUUGAGGACAUUGUGUCUAAUUGUCGUCAGAUUUUCAAUGGCUCCGUCAACUAUGCUUGGACUACAGUUCCUACAUAUCCAAGUGGAAUGAUUGGUUUUAUGCUUUGCUCAACUGAGGGACCUACUGUGGAUUUCAAGCAUCCAGUGAAUCCGAUAGAUGAAAAAGAGUCUCAGAAGUCAGUAAGACCACUGAAAUUUUACAACUCUGAGAUUCAUACAGCAGCUUUCUGUCUCCCAUCGUUUGCGAAGAGGAAAAUUAGUUCCAAAGAAAAUUGAGAAGAUUCUUCAAAGCUCAAAGGAGCUCAUGUGGCUGUUGAAGUCCAUCAUUCAUAUAUCAAUAGACCAUGGAAUAAAAAGGCAUAGGUUAAAUUUGACAUUGAAUAGUAACCUGUUUAUUUUCUGCAGAUGAGUUGUUGUAGGUGAUAAUGACAUAGCUGAUGGAUUCAGUUAUCAAUAAUUUUCCUCAUAAACAUGAUUGCUUAUGUUGAACUA